GAAGGGCGUGCUGACAAACAGAUGCAGACAACGUUGCUCCCUUCCCUCCAACGUCCACGACGGGCGCAGUGGUCUUUUUUUUCUUCUCUUCAUGCCUUUUUGUUAGGCCUUGGGGCUUCAACAUUUCGCUCUUUUGUUUUCUAUCGGUCUUCAGUUGCCGGAAAAGUUCUAAAUGUCCCCCCGACCUAUCAAAUCCACUGGAAAACGUCCGCUGUCUGCUGUAUACUUGGGGAAAGAUCCUCUAUACAUAUCUUCUCCCCCGAACUUGCCUGAUUUACCGGAACCACCAAGUCCAGUUGCGAGCUCUAGUUCAAAAGGUUCCGGUCUUCCUUCUCCACCGGCAACGAAUUCUACUGGCAGCUGGAAGCACAGGCGAUCCUGCCAGCAUCGCUCGAAGAAAUCGGCCCCAUCCCAGUGAAAUGCUCACUGAGUCGAAUGUAAAGACAUUCCAUCAUGCUUUUGAAGAAAAGCAGAAUGGGUCCACGAGUCGUCUGGUCGAUCCAGAUGACGAUGACGAUUAUGACAACGACCAUGACAACAACGACGACGAGGAUAAUACAGCGCGUCUUAGCAGACGACAGUCUUCCAUCUCUUCCAGUGAGAAUGUACAGGCGCUUGAACGCGUCAAGAGUCUCACGCAGAGGAACAGGAUGUACACCUUCGCCCAAGCCACGUCAUCCCACUACGCCCAAACACCAUGCUCCACCACUUGCCUCAACAUCAUCCCAGUCUUCCUCUUCCUCCUCGAGAACACGCUCGUCACGCCAUUCCCACCAAGUCACGCCAGAUCACCAGUCAGGCUCUCCCGAUCCUCGCCCGUCUACGCCACGUAUCCGACAGCGCCUCAUAUCCGCCCCCUCAUCUCCCGGACAGGGCCUUCUUGCAGCCAAGUCCAAUUCCUCGCAAUCAUCAAAUUCCCCUUCCCAUAUCCGGAAGCGCGCUUCAGUUGCUCUCACAGAAGCAACAGCCUCUUACCGUCCGAGAUCCCCAGACCGUGGCGUGACGCAAAGCGCGCUGGCAGCGGUUGCGUCGUCCAGACGGAGUCCCUACAGUGGGUCUGGGGAAGAAGAGGCAGCCUCUUCCACCGGAAUUUCGUGAUUCACCUGGUGGCGGUGGCUCGACAUCUCAGCAGGAACGGUGUUAACGGUACUCUUACCCGAACUUCUACCUUACAAUUCACGUCUCUCCCAAAAACGCCUGCUAGAUCGUCAACUGUGCGAGAUCUGAAUCGACGGCACCAGACGCGUUGGAUGAGCGAGGAUCUGUCGGUGACGUCUCCUAGCGAUGAUAACGAUGAACCUGCCAUAGGGCGGCGGCAAACGUUACGAGGUGGGAGUGCGGAGAGUGCAUUGACAGUGGGUGCUCGGGGUAGAAGUUUAGCUGGCGAAGGGUUGCGUGCAGCUGGCAUAGCUUUGAAGGAUGGUGAGGAGAAGCGGGUCGGCGAUGUCAAGACUCGUGCUCGUACUAUCGUUGGACCAAGAGCAGCAACGUCGAUGGCGGAAUACGGCCGAGAUUUCGAGGAUGGCGGUGACUCCCCUUCAUCAGCUUCGCGUCAGUUGAGGAGUCAUCGAAGUGCGUAUCCUUUGCGGGACAGAGAUACCUCAGUAUCUCGGAGAGAUGUGGAGAGGUCACAGUCGUCACUCAGCGCGUACAGUGGACAGGACCGGUACUCGAGUCCACGAGUUUCAGGAAUACAGCAGUCCGGUCAUCAUACGGAGCUGAUGCACAAUAGCUUGUCGAUGUUCGAAUCGCAAAUCAAUCGGGUGCAGUUGAAUGCGGCCAACGAUUUGCUGAGGAACGCGCAAAGUAUAGUGACGGCUGCUGAAAGGUUGCAAGGACUAAUGAAGGGUGGGAAUGGACGGGCGUUGGAGGAGCAGAUCAAUGCGGAGGUUGGUGAUCGUGACAUGGAUGCAGACUUGGUGGAGAUAUGGAGGAAAGUUGGUGGAGAGUAUAGAGAGGGAAUGAGAGCAAGCGACGAGCUUGUUAGAGCGGUGACAGGGUUCCUGCUUGGUGUCGGCAAAGCUGUUAGAGAUCUAAGUGGUGCUGGAGAUACCCAUAAUCGGAGCAUCAGUUUGGAUGAGGAAGGUCUGACGGGACGUCUAUCACGGCUUCAUCUUACACCAGAAACCCCUGUGAACGGUAGUGGAAGGCGUAGCGCUGAGUCUCGACGUAGCUGGGACAUCCGAGAUAGGGAGCGAGAAGAGGCCUCGCGACGGCUGAAUGCAAGGGCAGAAAGUGUUCUUGCUGUUCGACCUCCGUCAGCUCUCAACACAUUAAAGAACGAGGAUUAUACCCGAUCUGUGUUCGAAACCCCGUCUCCUCGAGAACCCCAUCGAAGUGCUACUACCAAUGGGGUAAGUUCCGGUUCCAUACGACGAGUGCAGCCCUCUAUACGUGUCGGCGCAAAUGGUGUCGCUACGCUCGAUUCUCAAGAAACUGUCCGUGCUUUUGACCCAUCGCCUACACCUGCUUCUCGUAACAAUCGCGUACCUGAUCGCACUCAAACUCUCCCUCCCCUUGACAUUCCAAGACCACUGCCGACAUUACCCUCUGAAUCUCUUCGAGCUCGACUAUCCGUUACUCCUACGCCUCCUUCAGAAAAACGACCUCAAGAUCAUAACCGAGACCAGCAAAAUCAAACUCUUUCUCGCCGCAAGAACCUCAACUCUAUCUUCUCCGUUCGGAGCCCAAAUACAACUACAGCUCUGACUACACAUACGGUUUCCAAUUCUCCUGAUCGAGUGAGUUUCCCAAGCGCGAGCCCGUUACAGCGGACCGAUUCGAACAAGUCGAAUCGAACCUCGGUGACGUUCUCUCGCCCAUCGACUAUAUCGAUUUCAACGCUCAACGGACUUCAGCAGCAGGAUGAGAAACAACGGAAGUCGUCUUCUUCAGGUUCUGUGAACACAGAUGAGGCCGAGAUCGCUGCUAGUGUCCAUUCGCCAAUGUCGGGUUCCGAGACGGGGAGGGAUUGGAGGCGGACGGUGAACCGGUCGGCGAGGAUGUCGCUUGAUGGGACAGAAGCAGCGCACGCUGCUGAUCGGAGUGCAGCUUCUUCUAUUCUCCCCGGUUCAAGGAAAGAGAGGAGGCGAACGGUUGCAGAUAUCUGGCCUCCCGCUGGAAGGUGA